AUGGAUUCUAAUCGAGCAAAUUCAACUGAAAUCAAAGUUCUUGGAAUUCACAGGAACGCCAUCGGGGACACUAUCACCUUGCAGUGUUCCAAAAAGCAAGUCAACAAGAUCUCUAGGCGCACAGUUCUUAGCCAGAUCAACGGAUACUGUUACGAUCCGCUUGGUUUACUGUCACCAGAUGAUACCAGACAAGAUAUUCCUCCAGGAUCUUCACAAGCAAAAGAGAGUGUUGAGAAGGACGGAACGACACAGCACACACUGUCGAUAUUUGUGGACAGCUCUAAACGAGCGUACGCUUGUUGCAUCUACGUGACAACUACAUCUAGGGCAGGCAUCAAGGAGACGAAACUCCUCACUGCGAAAUCAAAAAUCGCACCGAUCAAGAAGGAGCAAGCAAUACCACGCCUGGGGCUUCUCGCCAUAUUCAUUGGACUAAGUCUAGCCGAAUCCACUAUCAACAGUCGGUGA